AUGUUGGGCAGUGAAGGUGGCAAAAAGAAGCCCUUGAAACAGCCCAAGAAGGCGGCCAAGGAGAUGCACAAGGAAGACGAGGCUUUCAAGCAGAAACAGAAAGAGGAGCAGAAGAAACCCGAGGAGCUAAAAGCCCAGGCCGCAGGCAAGGGACCCCUGGCCACAGGUGGAAUUAAGAAAUCUGGCAAAAAGUAAGCUGUUUCUCAUAUCUGAGAUGAUGGUGACCCUCUUCCAUUCCUGUUUAAACAUCUGGAUUCCCUGCCAUAACAUCUUUGCCACCUACAGCUAGAAUGAAGUGUUACCCUGGAGCCUGUUAAACAUCUGGAUUCCCUACUAUAACAUCUUUGCCAUCUAUAGUUAGAAUGAAGUG